AUGAGAUUAGCCCUUAUUUCAAUCAUUGUCACACUCACCAUUGUAGAAGCAGUAAGCCCUACUGCUCCCUCGACGCUAGUUAAACGGACGCUUGAAUCGGAUGAAGAGGGUGCCCUAUGUAAUAAAGCGGAAUCCCCAAAUAGACUUUGUCGCAAAGGUGCAGUAAAGCGACGUAAAUCGCGAUCCCAUACCACUAGAAAUAAAAAUGGCUUGGGAUCACCUGUUGGUAGUAUACAGUCACCUGUUGAUGAUCUAGAAUCGCCUUUCAAAAGUGAUCUACAAUCGCCUGCUGGUGGUAUAUAUUUGCAUGACGAAGAAGAACCGUCAACCUCCGCUCCCACUCCUCAACGAAAAGUUAGGCAUAGACCGUAUGUUGUGAAUAUGGCUAGCAAGCGAAAACCCAAACUAGGAAAGGCUUCCAAACGUCCAAAAAACAGAUCGACAAAACAAAAGGUUUCCGAGUAUCCAGAAGACACACCGACAAAACAGAGGACUUCCAGGCGUCCAAAAAACACACCGACAAACCAAAAGGUUUCCGAGUAUCCAGAAGACACACCGACAAAACAGAGGACUUCCAAACGUCUAAAAAACACACCGACAAACCAAAAGGUUUCCGAGUAUCCAGAAGACACACCGACAAAACAGAGGACUUCCAAACGUCCAAAAAACACACCGACAAGCCAAAAGGUUUCCGAACGUCGAAAAAGCAGUUGGAUAAACCAAAAGUCUCCGAAAGUAGAUCAGAUAGAAAGGGAAUUCGAUCCCAAUGGAAAAUUUAAUAUGAAGGAAGUUUCCAAGCUGUCAAAUAUGUAUUCUGACGGACAUGGCAGAACACCAGAUGAGCGGGAGAGAUUGGCCAAGAUGCUGCACGCAUCCAUGCUCAAAAAGCAAUAA